ACGUGACCGGACGGCGUGCGUUGAUUGGAUGUGCGCGUGCGUCCCACACAAAGCCGGUCGACAGAAAUGUCAUGAGAAAUUUGAAAUUUAUCCGUUUCAUUUGUGUGUAUUUAUUGUAGAGAAAGAUUAUGGUGCGAUGUUAAUGUGAUGUGCAAUAAUUAUUAUUAUAAUUAAUCUUAGUGUAGUCAUUAAUUAGUUAAUAUAUUUGUGUCGGAGAGAUAAAAAAAAAUGGAAGAAAAACAACAGGACAUUGAAGAUUUUAUGACGGAAAUAACGGCGGUAAUGGUCAAAAUUUACUCGUCCUGUGAUGUGGAAGUCACAGACUCUGUUAAAGUUUCCCAAUUAAUAGACUUUAUUAAGCCCUACUUUAAUGAGGAAUUAACUCGUUUGGAGUGUCUAAGACAAACCCUGGACCCAGACAACAAUGACGUCAGCGUAUCAAGUGAAACUUUCUACAAAGCAAUGACAGACUGGGCCAAAAAAAUGUCUAGCGAGGAGGCUAACGAGAGCUUUUGCGGAUCGCCUUGCCGUCUGGACAACAUUGACAAGGAAAUGUUGUACAACCAGUCGACGCCCAGGACCAGUUUCGGUCAAAAAUUGCUCAACGGUUCUUUGGAGUUGUUGAACUUGUCCAAUGUUUCCAGCUAUAGCACCAACGGAAGUAAAACUAUGGGGGCGGAUGCCACUUUAUACGAAGAACGUAUAAAAAUGUUGCAAUUUGAAAUUGGGAAAAGCAAAUCAGAGAUGGCUUUGAUGAGAAACCAACUUACUAAUUUUGAAGAGCUUAACGAGUGCCUCCAGUUGGAUAUAGUUAAAACCAACAAAAAACUACAUGCUGAACAACUGGAAAAAGAAAACCUAGUUCAACAAAUCAGGGAACUGGAAGAAUUAAAGGACGAGUUGAUUAGUUACCGUAAAAAAAUCGACGAAUUGAUGCGACAAAAAAAUUCAACCGAAAAAGAGAACGAAAAAUUGUCCAAUCGAGUCAAAGAAAUUGAGGAAGCGAGGGAGAAAUUGGACCGCAAAAAUGAAGAAAGCUUCAAGAAAGAGCAAGAGCUUAAAAACAAACUCUACGCCAUCAAAGUGGAUUUGGAUUGCAAGGAGACCGAAAUAUUGGAGCUGAAUCAGUUGAACGACAACUUAAAAAAUCAUUUGAACCAAAAUAGAGAGCUCAUCAGCUGCAUGGAGAGUGAAAUUGAGGAGUUAAAAGUGUACAGACAAGGCCACGAGAACGCUCGCCAAAACCAGCUGAACUCGCCCAGCUUCAUCUACAAAAAUCUCCUGGAGGCUUUCAGUAACUAUCCCACCUACACUUCCAACGAUUUCUCGCCACCACAAAGACCCAUCACGCCACCGACCAACACCAUGAGUCCCAUACCGAUUUGGCGCGCAAAGUCCACCGAAAACUUGUCGUUGCAACUUGAGAACGGUAACGGUCUCAACUUGAGGCGGCAGGUGUUGACUAAGAGCGCCAGCGCCACUAACAAUGCCAACAGGAGUCUUAUUUUCUCUGAAGAAGGGGCAGGUGACGGGGAUCAAUUCUUCAUGGAUGCCGAUGAUUCCUUCACUCGUCACCAGGAGUUCCUCAAAAUCAUCGACACUCAGUUCAACAAACGCGACUCUUUACAAGCGGAAUUCUCGAAAGUGAAAGACGGUUUCGGUUGCAAAUGCCGUUUGACUAUCGAGGAAAAAGACAAGAUCAUCGGCGAUCUUAAAGAAAUGCUCGACGAUCACCGCAAUAUUUCGGAGAAGUUGGCGGUUUUGGAGGAAAAAAACGCUUCACUAAGAAUGGAGAAAUUGGAUCUGCAGAAAAAUUUGUGCGAAGUGGAAGUGACCCUUGCCGAUCUGGAGUCGGCGAAAUCCGACAUGGAGUACGAUCUUUUCAAGGCGACCACCGAAAUAAAGAACGUAAAAACGGAACGCGAUCAAGUUUCGUUCGACAAAGUUUUAAUGGAAAACAAAAUAAAACUCAUGGACAGAGACGUGAAAGCCCUCAGAGAGGCUAUCGAGGCUAAAACCCUGGAAAUAGAGAGUUUGAAGGAGAAGACUUGCGAGUUGGAGAAGUACUUGUUCUUCGAGGAUCUGAGUAAAAAGUUGGAGGAGAAAAUCAACGAGAAAAACGAGGCUUUGAAGUGCUUGGAGGAGGACAAUAAGAGAUUGAAACGCAACCUCGAAAACUUCACUUGUAAAACCACGGAGGAGAAGAAUAGCGCGUUGAAACUCUUGACCAACGAAAUAGACGAUCUUAAAGAUGCACUUGAAAAAAAGAAUGUUGAAAUCGCGGAACUGCUGGAAAACAUAAAAUCGACCGCCGACUGGAAGAAGUUACUCCAAGAUAAGCUGCAAGGGGAGAUAUACGAGAAAAACCUCAAAUUGCAGAAUCUUUUGGAUGAAAAUGAAAGGCUGAAAAGUAAUGUGACGGACUUAAAAACGCAACUUUCCCUCGCCGUUGACAACAAGGAGGAACUCUCCAACGUGAACAGUCGAAUAAUGGAGACCAUGAAGCAGCUGGAAGAUCAUUUGAGUCAAAAAUCGCUCCUUGUUGCCGGGUUAAUGGAGAUUAAGGAAAAACUCGCCCAAUCCUUGCUGCAAGCCGAGCAAGCUGUGGAAAACAAAAUGACGGAGGUUUUGAGGCUCAAAGAUCGCCUGCAGAAGGACCUCUCCCUCAAGAACGAUCUCUGGGUCGAGAUUAAAAAGUUGGAGGGCGAAAACCGCGACUUGAAAGUUCAGUCAGAAGAAAUGGCGAAACAAAGAGACUCCUUCAAGGAAAAAUACACCGACAAAAGCGAUAUAGUGAAGAACCAGGAAGCUUUGCUCAAAUCCCUGGAGAAGAAGAUCGAGGAGGAGCAAGAAAAGAACUUGUCGGUUAGAGUGCUGGAAAUCGAUGUUAAGGAAAAAGAUCGCAAGAUACUUCUGCUGGAAUCGCACAAGGAGAGGCAUUUGGAAGCUAAAAAAGAACUGGAGGAGAACAAUAACACCAUAGACAAAGUCGUAGACAAACUGGCGAAGAUGUUCGAAGAAGACCUGAACGGUUUAAUGAGGUUGCAGAAGUUGGAAAAUCUCGCCGUUAAAUGUGAAAAUAACAACAACCUGUCAAUUAAAAUCGUCGAAAAACUAAGCAAAGGAAAAAACAUCGAUCUCUUGGAAGGAAGCCCGAUGGAAAAAAUCCAGGCUCUGGUAGAGGAGCUUUCCAAACGGCAGAAGGAAAGCGUGGAAGAGCUGGAAAAACUCAGGACGAGUCGAGAGUUCGCGAAGAGCAGGAUGAAGAAGGAAGAUUCCGUGAAGAAAACGUCCAGCGAAACGAGUCUCCACAAAAACAAUUUCGGGAAGCAACAGGUGAAAAUUGACCGGCUGGAAGAGAGACUGGACGUCACCUUGAAGAGAUUGGAUGCUUCCGAGAGGAAAUGCAAGGAAUCCGAGAAAACGUUGAAGGAACUGAUGAAACUGAAGAACGACUAUGAAGAAAUGUUGAAAGCAAAAUCGGAAGAACUGAUGAGACUAAAGAACGAAUCUGCUGAAGUCUUGAAGGCAAAAUCGGAAGAACUGAUGCAACUAAACAACGAAUCCAAAGAAGUCGAGGAAAAAUUAACCGAUUUGGAAAAGCAGUUGGAGAAAAACUUGGUGGACUUGAAGAACCUGCAAGCGGACAAAAACAUCGCGGAGCAAAGGCUGAUGCUGCGCGGCAAGGAGACGGCGGAUUUGUACGCGAACUACAGCGAUCUGAAGCGGCGUUUCGACGAGAAUCGAACCGCGCUGCGCGACUUGGAAACGCAGAACGCUCAGCUGACGCAGGAGAAGUAUUCUCUCAUGUCGGAGGAGGAUUCGCUGAGGGAGCAGCUUUGCAAGGCGCGGCGGGACUUGGCGGAGGUUUCCGGGAAGUCUGAAGACCUGAAGAGCCUCAACGAGGCUGAGGAGAAGCUGAAAGGCACGGUGGGGCUGCUGAAAACGUCGGAGAUGGAGUUGAACUGCGUCAAAGGGAAAGUCGACAGGCUCAGGGAGGAGGUGUUGAAGUUUGAUGAGCAGAUGAAAGGGAGGAACGGAGUUUUGCUGAGCGGCAGACAGGAAUUGGGAAGGAUUCUGGUUAAAGUUCUAAACGUGCUACGCAAAACAGACGAUUUGCUUUCGUACAACGAAAAUUACGACAAACUUUUUAACGAAGUAACCGCAGGGAAUUUCAACGAAAACACCGCCGAUGUGGAAGUGGAAGUUAAGAAGUUGGGAAAACAAAUAAAAGUGGCAGUUUUUCUCCUCGAAAUUGUUGCGAUUAGGUUUCCAAAACAUAUGGAUCUGAACGAUGCCACCAAUUCUGAAGCUGAACAAGUGGACAACCGAUUCUUAGUUCCUGAUGGUUCCCACAACAAAGUGUUGAAACGGUUCACUUUAAGGCCGGGGCGGCUUAUCGCAAGUCGCCCGAUGAGCCCCGAUAGUCCGUCCCUGGACGUGGAGGAUGCGGAGUUGAAUUUAAAUGAGAACAAAAACCCCGAGAGUCCGGACAGUGACGCAGUGAAAUGCGAAAGUUGGAUGAAAUCUUUCGAAGAAAGUUUCGAUACCGCCGAUGGAGAUCACAGUCACUACUUCAACAAGCUUGACGAUUUGGAGAAUUUUUGUUCGGAUAUCGAUUUGCAACAACCUUUUCCUAACGUGACGGAUUUAUUUUUGGAAAAACUCGGUCUUCACGAAACCAGCGAACUGACAAAUUUUUCGAAAGAAGAAACCGAAAACCUGUUUACAACCCUAGUCAUUCAGCUUGCAAUAGACUCAAAAGAUUACCCGGAAAGGCGGUUAAAACAGAAAGAGCAGUGCAUAGAAGUCCACGACAAAAUGUUAAAGUUACUGAAAGAAAUAAAUUUCCGGUUAAGAGACCACAAGUGCAUUGGGGCCUCGGACUCAAUCAAACCAAUAUUUAUUAUAGUAGAGGAGGCGCGUCAGUUGGUGCAGCUGGUUGCGACCAGCUGCGCGCAGUACGGCGUGGUGAGUUACGAGGGGCGCAUGACGAAAUGCUGGAACCUCGUGACGAAUUACACGGCGCAGCUGCGCCAGGUCCAGUCGCAGUCCACCGUCAAAAUGGUGGACUCGCCCACGCAGACUGCGCGCAUGCGCAAAGAAUCCUCCCGCGACAGACGAAGCCUUGAACGGGUGGCCCAAGAAACUCGGGAAGUUACAAGGCCACCUCUUCCUAGGAAUGCAUGUGCAAUCUUGUAAAACUUUGAGUCGCCCAUAUGCUCUUUUUAUUAUGGGUGGCAUAACUCUGGCAUUUUUUUUACUGUUUGUUGGGUCCAUGGUGCACCUGCAAUGUCGUAUGGUGUCGCCUGAAUCUGUACCAUGUCCUUUGGACUUUCUAAUGCACAAGACAAUUCACGGACCAAAACCUUUUUAGAAUAUUUAAAAUGUAUGAUAUAAAUACUCAACUACCUUUCGUUAUGUUUGUUAUUUUUUAAGUUAACUUAUUACACAGAUGAAUAAAUUGUAUAAGUUUAUAAUAAAAAA